AUAAUCCGCUCAGUUUAAAAUCAAGAGCGAAAGUAAUAACAUCAUGGAACGCUGGCAUAAUCGCAUUGCAGUUGUUACCGGAGCCAGUUCCGGUAUAGGUGCAGCCAUAGUUAAAGAUCUUUUGGCAUCGGGUUUAGUGGUUGUUGCUUUAGCACGCCGCAAAUAUCUAAUCGAAGAAUAUGCCGUAGAAUUGCCAGAGGAUCAGCAAACACGUUUGCAUGCUCUCAAAUGUGAUGUCUCAUCGGCGAGAAUGGUUAAUGAAACAUUCGAUUGGAUUGAUGCAAAUUUGGGUGGUGUUGAUAUACUUAUCAAUAAUGCUGGUCGUUUUGUUGAGGGUCAAUUAACCACUAUGGAUGUUGAGGAAAUACAAGCGAUCUUGCAAGUUAAUAUUAUGGGUGUGGUCUAUUGUACUCAACGGGCUUUUAAAUCGAUGAAAGAACGUAAUGUUGAUGGUCAUGUUGUUUUGAUUAAUAGUACUUUGGGUCACAAUAUUCCACAGUCUGUUCAAGGUAUGCCCAUGUUUAACAUCUAUCCACCUAGUAAGUAUGCUGUAACCGCUUUAACGGAAAUUUAUCGUCAGGAAUUUAAGGGUUUGGGUACAAAAGUUAAAAUAACUAGCGUUAGUCCUGGUAUGACUGAUACUGAAAUCGUUCCGGAGGAAUGGAAAAAUGCUGCCAAUUCAAUACUUAAAUCUGAGGAUAUUUCGGAAUGUGUGAUGUAUGCUUUGGCCACACCACCUCAUGUACAAAUUCAUGAGAUUACUGUGAAUCCUUUAUAAAUCUGUAUUGGAGUUUUCCUUGAGUAUUAAAUGCAAAAUUAAGAAUCACAAUUUGUACGAACAAAA